CCUUAACAUGCAGCCACCUGGAGCGUACCUAGAGCAGGACGCGCAACCAUCAAACGCACAGGCGACAGAAGGAGGCGUGGCGCCCGCCCUUCUCCCCUGUAUGCAAUCGCCUGUGCUGCGACCGGGCAAGCUCGUCUUCAACACUCACCAAAACCGAGAAGCCACGCUGUUACACAGCUCCCCGGGUGGGUCACGUAUGGCCCUUGCGUAUGAAGGUGGUCGUUACGACGACGGCCGGCUGAUCAAGAUAAGCAAGCUCCGUGUCUGCCCCAUCGGCGGUCGGCACGACCUGCGCCGCAGCCUUGUCUCAGGACCGAGCGUGGGGCGCCAGGCCGUGUUGAUCCUGCGAGGCACGUACGCCGGGCAACUCGGUGUCGUCGACGCAGGGUAUAUGGGGGGUCCCAAAGCCAGGCUCCGCCCUAUCGAUGCAGAAGGGCGAGAAAACCGGGCAGUGAACAUUGACGCCGUCAACGUACACGCGCUAGCUGAUGCUGAGCUCGCCUUCCGCUCCUUCGAGUUGCCUCAGCGAGAUGCCCUUCGGGAUAUUGGGGGAUGUGGGAGAUGGGGAUGGGGAUGUGGGAGAUGCGUGCAUGGACAAUGUGUGGAUAAAUGUGUGGAUACGCAGUCGCGGUGUGCCAAUGUUGCAUAGCAGGCCAGUUGAACAAGCCAGGGGCAGGCUGUAUAAGGGGAAAGGAUGGCUGUGCUAUGGUUGUGGCACGUGAAGUGAGCGCGCACUUGGAUGGACGGUGACAGGAAGUAAGGCUUCAUGGGUUUGCUGUGUCUGUUGACUCCAGCAUUUACUGUUGCCGUUCCAUGUGCUCGCAUAUGUCCAACGCGCAGCUCGUUAGCUUCUACGAUACUCGGUAUAGCAUGCAAGCAUGGCGACGAGUGUAACGAUUUCGACGUUUGAGGACGACAAUGGCUUGGUUUUCAACUACAUACAGGACGCAUAAGGAUUGUACCUAUGAGUUUGGUAGGUAAGCAGGUUUCAGUAAGUCAUGCUAAAAGACCCUAACGGUCGGCCUUAAUGUGUUGGACGUAAUAGCAAAAACGGAUUCCUAAUCAGUUUCUUAAAGGUGAUACCAUUUCACAAGUCUAGGAGCGGUGCUGGUUGGCAGGGCAGGUUGGAAGACUCCAGGGUGAAAAAGUGAAGCGGAGUCUGCCCCGCCCAGUUGGCUUGCGGGAGGGCGGGCCAGCUAGAACCUUCAUUCCGGAACGCCUCUGCUUUGCGACGCCUUCCAGCUGCGGCAAAUUUUCGAUAGGAUGGGCAUGUCUCAGAAAGAACGCGGCCGGAGGCCGCGCGAUUUUUGCGAUUCAGCUAACGAAAAUAAUCAAAUCCUUAUACUUUUCGG